AUGAAUUAUUUAUCCACAAAUAUAAGAGGGGUGGGUGAUUCCUUGAAAGCUACACAUAUCAAGGAACUGAAAAAGAAAAACAACAUCGGUUUUAUUGCAAUCCAGGAAACUCAAUUUACAGAUUCCUCCAAAUUACACAUCAGCUCUUUUUGGGGUAAUACUCACUUUGAGUCAGACUAUGUUGAUGCGGCUGGAAGGUCAGGUGGUCUCCUUAACAUAUGGGACCCUGACAUCUUCGUUCGAAAAGGAUGCGUGUCAAACAGAUUUUUUCUAGCAACAUUGGGGGAAAUAAAAAAUCUCGGAGUUCAAAUAAACAUCGUUAAUGUUUAUGCUCCUCAUGACCCCACCCUAAAACAUAAUUUGUGGUUAACUCUCAACAAUCUAAUAAGCUCCUCCAUGGGUUGUUGGAUUCUUCUUGGCGAUUUCAACUGCGUUCGGGAACCACGGGAACGGAAAAACUCCAGAUUUAACAAGCAGACAGCCGAUGAUUUCAACAGCUUCAUUCGAUCCGCAACUCUGUCUGAAUAUGCAAUGAUGGGCUGCUCUUUUACACACAGGUCCGACGAUGGAAAACGCCUCAGCAAAAUUGACAGAAUGCUUGUAUGCCAUACUUUCCUGUCCAACUGGCCCUCUGCGACUCUGACAGGUUUACCCAGGUAUCGGUCUGACCAUCGUCCUUUACUAUUAACCUGUUCAGUUGUUAAAUUUGGUGCCCCCCCAUUUCGUUUUUUUAACUCAUGGCUAAAAGAGGAUGGCCUUGAGAAAUUGAUUAUGGAUAGCUACACAAAAGUUAUCCCAUUUGGUCCACCAGACAGACUUUUAGUGGCACGUCUGAAAGCCAUUAAAGAUACCAUCAAACCAUGGUCGAUGAAAUUAAAGAAAGAUAACAAGGAAAUUCUUGCUGAACUUCUGAGAAAAGUAGAAAUGUUGGACACAAAGGCAGAAAACAUCAUAUUAAUAGAAAAUGAAAUUCAGAACCGGGACGCAUGGAUUAAACGCAUUGGUGAAAUUGAGGGGCAGAACCUGGAAGACCUCAAACAACGUGCAAAAGUGAAAUGGAUUGAGGACGGUGAUGAGAACUCUUCUUUUUUCCACGGUAUCGUUAAAGGUCAUCAAAAUACAAUAGAAUAA